AUGGCGCAGAAUUUACUCCAAGCGCGUCUACAGGAUCCUUCAGCAACCCUUGGGGUUAACUGGGCCUACUCCUUUACAAAACGCCGCCCUGAAAUACAAACAAGAUAUAACCAGAGGAUUACAUACCAGCGAGCAAAGCAGGAGGAUCCAAAGGUUAUAAAACAGUGGUUUGCGACCGUACGCGAAGCUAUUCAAGAACAUGGUAUCCAUGAGGAUGAUAUCUGGAACUUUGACGAAACCGGCUUUGCAAUGGGACUCUGUUCAACCUCUAAGGUUAUUACUGCGGUAGAUCGUAGUGAAAGACCUCGGAGAGUUAUUCAGGGAAAUCGCGAAUGGGUUACAAUCAUUGAAUGUGUGAGCUCGAAAGGCAUUUCUAUACCUCCAUGGGUCAUCUUAAAGGCUGGAUCUCACCAGGCCGCUUGGUAUCAAGAGCCUGCUAUCAAGAAUGGCUGGGUUCUUGCCAGAAGCCAAAAUGGCUGGACAACAGAUGAAAUAGGCCUUGCUUGGCUAAAAGAGACAUUUGAGCCAUAUUCUAAACGCCUUUCAACCGGUGCGAAGCGAUUACUUAUUCUCGACGGCCAUUCUAGCCACCAAACUGCAGAGUUUGAUGCUUUUUGCAAAGAGAAUGCAAUUAUCUGUCUCUGUAUGCCUCCUCAUACCUCUCAUCUACUACAACCACUCGAUGUUGGUGUUUUCGGCCCGUUAAAACGUUCCUAUGGGAAAUUGGUUGAAGGAAUGAUGACUGCCGGCAACAAUCAUAUCGACAAGGAAGACUUCCUACACCUAUAUCCUCCUGCACGCGAGAUGGUUUUUAAUCUAGAGAAUAUACGGAAUGGCUUCGCAGGAGCUGGUCUUAAGCCACUUAACGAAGACCGGGUCCUCGAAAAGAUUACAUUUCAACUUCGGACGCCAACACCACCUCUUGUCGAAGGAUCAAUAUCCUCUACUUUUCAAACACCUGAGAAUCCUCGCCAGCUAUAUCAUGAGGUUCGCAGUCUACAGAGAAGCCUUCGAAAAAGAAUGCUCUCUAGUAGCCCAAUUUCUCAUAUUCAACAUCUUGAAAAGGCUGCGCAGAUGGCAAUGAACAUGAACGUUCUUCUCCAACAAGAAAUCAAGGUUCUACGCGAUGAGAAUGAGCGGAAACUGAAAAAGAAGGCAAGAAGGCGUGAACCCGGCCCAAGCCAAAUCGACCUCUACAACAUCUUAAACGCCAUAAUCACCGAAAAAGGCCUAACAAUAACCUACAUGGACAGCACGACCCCUCAAAAUGCAUUCCUAAAUGCCCUGCAAUACCCAAUAAACCCCAGCAAAACCAGUGAAGCCCAAACCUGGGCCUCAACCCUAAAUGCCCAUGCCUACGGCUCCGCAAAACCCAACAAGACUCUCAAGAUCCUAAUAAAUCCCUUCUGCAGCGGCGCCAUGGAAAAAUUCCACAAAAUCGCCUCGCCAAUACUGAGCGCCGCAAACUGCACCCUCUCAGUCGAAGAAACGCAGUAUCGCGGGCACGCAAGCGAAAUAGCGCAGUCCCUCGACCUAAUAUACGACGGGAUAGUCUGCUGUUCCGGCGACGGGCUCCCGCACGAAGUCUUCAAUGGACUUGCGCGGCGGAAAGACGCGCAAGACGCGCUGGGCUCAGUGGCUGUUUCGAUGAUCCCAUGCGGAUCAGGCAAUGCGAUGGCGUGGAAUCUUUUUGGGAGUGAUGAUGUUGCGGUCGCGGCGUUGGCGAUUGUUAAGGGAGUGAAUAUGCCGUUGGAUUUAAUGUCUGUGACGCAGGGGGAUCGGCAUACUGUUUCGUUCCUCUCGCAGUCGCUGGGUGUCCUUGCGGAUUCGGAUUUGAAGACGGAGCAUCUAAGGUGGAUGGGGGAUCAGAGGUUUAUUUAUGGGGUUUUUGCGACGAUUGUUAGGAAGACGGCUUAUCCUUGUUUGCUUGCUGUUAAGACUCUCCCAGAGCAAGGAGAGGAGAUUUCAUCGGGGCACUGGCAGGUACAUGGUGGACUUUCCCUCCCGCUCAAGUACGGGACCGUCGAGGACAGAGUCCGCGAGGAUUGGGAGGUGAUGCCGCGGGAGCAGCUGGCGAGUUUCUACACGGGCAAGAUGAAGAUAGUCGCGAAGGACACGAAUUUUUUUCGGAUGCUGAGCCGAAUGAUGGGCUUUUGGAUUUGA